AUGGCGGCAAAAAUCUACACUAACAAGGACGCGAAUAUCGCAACGAUUAAACGCAAAAAACUAGCAGUGAUCGGCUUUGGAUCCCAAGGUCACGCUCACGCGCUUAACCUCAAAGACAGCGGCUGUGAUGUCACGAUCGGCCUCUAUCCUAAAUCAAAAUCACGUGCCGUGGCUAAGAAGCUGGGCUUCAAAGUCAUGGAUACGGCGGACGCGGUAAAGCACGCCGAUGUGAUUUUCCUCGCUCUUCCUGAUACGGCUUGCGGUGAGAUUUUCAAAAAGGAUGUCGAACCAAAUCUUUCGAAGGGCAAGACCCUUCUUUUCUCCCAUGGUUUCGCUGUUCAUUUUAAAACAGUAAAAGCUCCGGAUAAUGUGAAUGUGAUCAUGGUUGCGCCGAAAGGCCCCGGGCACACCGUUCGGAGUCAGUUCGUGGAAGGUAAAGGAGUGCCUGCGCUCAUCGCCAUCGAUCAGGAUGCCACUGGCACCGCCAAAAAAAUCGCCUUAGCAUGGGCAAAGGGAAUUGGUGGAACUCGUGCGGGAGUUUUCGAAACAAAUUUCCGUGAGGAAACGGUGACUGAUCUUUUCGGUGAGCAAGUGGUGCUUUGUGGAGGAGCCUCUGCUCUUGUGAAAGCUGGAUUUGAAACUUUGGUCGAGGCUGGAUAUCAGCCGGAGAUGGCUUACUUCGAGUGCCUCCAUGAACUGAAACUGAUCGUCGAUCUGAUGAUUGAAAGCGGCAUCGCAGGGAUGCGAUUCUCGAUCUCUGAUACGGCCGAAUACGGUGAUGUAUCUGUCGGUCCCAAAAUCAUUAAUGAGUCUGUGAAGAAGCGCAUGGCGGCGCAACUGAAGCGAAUCGAGAAUGGUCAAUUCGCCAAAGAAUGGAUCAAUGAGUGGGAUGGUGGUUGUAAGAACUUUAAUGCCAUUCGGAAAGCCGAGGCGAAGCACCCGAUUGAAAAAAUUGGAGCUAAACUCCGCGGCAUGAUGAGUUGGCUCGGGAACAAGAAAGUCUCGAAGGGGAUGACUCAAGCGAGCUACACCUCACAGUCGAAGUAA